GUAGAGUGGAAAGUUUAGUCUGCACAGGGGAUGGAUGGAUUGAGUGUGAAACAAAACUAAACAUAUCGGCUCCUGCAUACUAUUGAAAACAGCCGCACGUCCUGCAGAGAAUUCGUUUGGAACAGCACUAAUACCAUUCGAACUCGUGUGGUCCAUUCGUUGAACUUAAGAGCGAGAACAACGAAACAUGUUAAGGUAAAUAACAGUUCAGAUUGGCUUGCUACCGAUAUUUGCUUUCGUGUAGCACCAGCUGCCUUGCAGAAUGAUUUUUAAAUGUUAGAGUUGUGUAGCCUACAUCGUUGCUUCCAUUCCGGUGAUUUCGGAAUGCUACGAUAAAACUGCAUAUGUCGCUAUCACAGUUCGAGCUUGCCACUCAAGAGAAAAACACGUUUUGCGGAGGAGGGUGUACUUAAAGGGAGGAUGAUUUCAGCGUUGUCUGGUGGACCAUUUUAUUAAUUUUUGUGUUGUGGUCGGACAAACGGAUGAACAACUUUCUUUUGAGCUGAGCGGGCCGUGAAACCACAACGUAAGUGUGCAGUGUGUCCUUUCCGAACGUUUCACGUUACACGUGGGAUUUCUAAAUUCAAGACAACAUUAAAGAACGUUUAAUGUGGCUUAAAGAACGUUUUUAAGGACAGCAUGGAAGCCUUUCAUCUGAAGAUUGUGAUUUCUUUGUGGUGUCAGCUGGUGAUUGCUGGUUCCAGUUUUGAGAUGGGAGCUUAUGACACAGACCGCCGCACGCAGGCACAGUGUGAACCCAUUGUAAUUCCUAUGUGCCAGGGCAUCGGAUACAAUAUGACUAGGAUGCCUAACUUCAUGAAGCAUGAGAACCAGAACGAGGCUGGCAUUAAAUUGAACGAGUUUGCUCCGUUGGUGGAGUACGGCUGCGACGUACACUUACGCUUCUUCCUGUGCUCACUCUAUGCCCCUAUGUGUACUGAUAAAGUGUCCACCUCUAUCCCUGCCUGCCGGCCAAUGUGUGAGCAAGCCAGGCAGAAGUGCUCUCCCAUCAUGGAAAAGUUUAGCUUCGGCUGGCCUGACUCACUGGAUUGCUCCAAGCUCCCUACUAAGAAUGACCCCCAUUCACUGUGCAUGGAGGCGCCUGAAAAUGACACAAAGACAGAGACCAGGAAAGGAGAGGGCAUGCUUCCAGUGCCCCCUAGGCCCAGACCACCAGGCACUGGGAACGGGCGCUCACCUGGAAGCUUGGGCUCUUGUGAGAAUCCAGAGAAAUUUCAGUAUGUGGAGAAGAGCCAGUCUUGCGCCCCUCGUUGCUCGUCUGCCGUGGACGUCUUCUGGUCCAAACAGGACAAGGAUUUUGCCUUCAUCUGGAUGACCGUGUGGUCCACCCUGUGCUUCAUCUCCACGGCAUUCACUGUGCUGACCUUCCUCCUGGACCCCCACCGCUUCCAGUAUCCAGAGAGGCCCAUCAUCUUCCUCUCCAUGUGCUACAACGUCUACUCCGUGGCCUUCAUCAUCCGCUCAGUGGCCGGCGCGGAGAACAUCGCCUGCGACCGCGAAAAUGGCGAGCUGUACAUCAUCCAGGAGGGGCUGGAGAGCACGGGCUGCACCAUCGUCUUCCUCAUCCUGUAUUACUUUGGCAUGGCCAGCUCCAUCUGGUGGGUGAUCCUCACUCUCACCUGGUUCCUGGCGGCAGGGAAGAAGUGGGGGCAUGAGGCCAUCGAGUCCCACAGCAGUUACUUCCACAUGGCUGCCUGGGGCAUCCCCGCCAUGAAGACCAUCGUCAUCCUCACCAUGAGGAAGGUGGCAGGUGACGAGCUGACAGGGCUGUGCUACGUGGGCAGCAUGGACGUCAGCGCCCUCACAGGCUUCGUCCUCAUCCCCCUCUCCUGCUACCUGGUCAUUGGCACCUCCUUCAUCCUGACGGGCUUCGUGGCCCUCUUCCACAUCCGCCGGAUCAUGAAGACGGAGGGCACCAACACAGAGAAGCUGGAGAAGCUCAUGGUGAAGAUCGGCCUCUACUCCAUCCUCUACACCGUCCCGGCCACCUGCGUCAUCAUCUGCUACUUCUACGAGCGGCUCAACAUGGAUUACUGGAAGUUCAGGGGGCUGGAGAGCAAGUGCGCCUCUUUCCCCGGGCGCAGGAACGAGGACUGCUCCCUGGAGUCCUCUGUGCCCACGGUGGCAGUCUUCAUGCUCAAGAUCUUCAUGUCCCUGGUGGUGGGCAUCACCAGCGGGGUGUGGGUCUGGAGCUCCAAGACCCUGCAGACCUGGCAGGGCCUGUGCAGCAGGAAGCUGGCGGUCAGGACUAACCGGAAGCCAUGUAGCGCCGUCAGCUGCGGCAGCACGCACUGUCAUUACAAGGCGCCCGGCGUGGUGCUCCACAUGACCAAAACGGACCCCUAUUUAGACAGCCCUACACACGUCUGAGGCCAGUGCAGAAUUUUUUUUUUUAUUCUGUUCGUCUCGUAUGGACAAGGCCAAAAAAGGGGGAAAGUGACAGUAUUCAAAUAUAUGGAGGUGAAGUUUGGACUACAGCUGAUGUGUAGCAGGGCUUGGCAAUGACAGCCUUUUGCCCUUCUUUAUGCUGGCUUCAGGCAAGGCUUUUUAUCAUCCGUGUUGCAAGCUGUAGAAUAACAAAUUUGAUUCUGCCUAUCCUGGAAACGUUCCAGGCAGACUUAGAAGCAGCAUUCAUCAAUUAAAGGGAAAGAGUCCAGUAUGACUUUCAGUAGAAGUGCAGAUCCUCUCAGUUAACUUACACUCUCAGUUAC